AUGAUACAAACAAUAUGGCGGCUGUCGCCGCUGAGAUUAAUCCCUAAUGCUGAUGGGGAGGGGUCUUUCACUGAGUGGGUCGCUGAGCUAUUGACGAAAGUAAAGGAUGAGAGGUGGUGGGCGCUGUUCUGGUGUGUGGCCUGGGGUGUAUGGUUUCGACGGAAUGUGUGGGUUUUUGAAAAUCGCAGAGUAGAGCUCGCAGGGGUGGUUGACAAAGCAGUUAGAUUGACCUGUGAAUAUGAGUUGGCGAUGGAGGUUCACAAGCCAAUUCUUUCGGGAGUAGCAGCUGGUGCAAAGGUGUGGGAAGCUCCUGCAGUGGGGAGUCUAAAAAUAAAUUCAGAUGCGGCUAUGUUCGAUGAUGGAAAAGUGGGGAUUGGUGGAGUGGUCCGUGAUGCUGAAGGUGAUGUUCUGAUGGCUACAUGUGUGGUUAUGGAAGGAGGAGUGGAGGUGGACAUAGCUGAAGGUCUUGCAUCCCGCCAUUCAUUACAAGUAGCGCUGGAUGCCGGAUUCCGAUGUGUGAUCUUGGAAAGUGAUAAUUUGAAGCUUAUCUCUCACCUCAUCUCUGGGAAAGAAGAGAAUACCAGUUUUGGUUUUAUCAUUUCAGAUAUAUUAUGGCUUAGCAUGUCUUGUUUGUCUAUUUCUUUUUCUCAUGUAUGUAGGGAGGGAAUAGAGUAG